AUGAAAACAGGCAUACCUCAGGGUUCUGGUUUAGGCCCAUUGUUAUUUCUAAUUUACAUCAAUGAUUUGCCAAAAUGUUUAAACGCUGGGACAAAACCAGAUAUGUUUGCAGAUGAUACCCAAAUUGCAACAUCAAGUGACGAUAUCAAAGUUAUCACUGAAACAUUAAAUAGAGAUUUAAACAAUGUUGCAAAUUGGUUGUCCGCAAACAAAUUAACUCUGAACAAUAGUAAAACCGAAUAUAUGAUAAUUGGUUCCAAGAAAAGGCUUUGUCAAGUGACUGCCGAUCCUGCUAUCAGUGUAGGUAACUUAGAAAUUAAGAGAGUUGAAAUGACAAAAUCAUUGGGCCUAAUGAUAGACGAGUCUUUAGACUGGACCGCGCAGCUACCUAAAAUAAUUUUCUUGUAAUUAUUUCUUAUUUCUCCUUGUGUGAGCAGGGCCGGUUGGAAGAUCACCUUUUUUUCUUUUUAUAUCUUGUACAUAAUUAAUUUUAGUAUAGGUGAAAUUGUACCGUGUUGAAAUAUAGCUCAUAAUAAUAAUAAUAAUAAUAAUAAUAAUAAUUCUGGGAUAAUGCACUGUGGUUUGCAUGUAUAUUUACUUUAUCCUUAUUGGGGGCUCCCAUUAGCUGGACACUUGGCUAUCGUUCAUAUGACUAACUUAUAAGCUGGAUUGAGAAUAUACGUUGAAAAAACGGUGAUGGAUUAUGCAGGCCUACUCUGGGGCGGUAAAUCGCCUUAAAUCGCCUAAAAUCG